GUGGCUGUGACUGGCUGAGGCUCAGAGGCUUGGUUACAAGGGCCUUCUCUUAGCGAGGCGACGGUCUGUGUACACAUCAAGCUGGGGUACGUUUCACCAUGCCGGAGAAACCUGGUAACGAGCUCAUGCUGAGGUGGCCUCUCCCUCCGUGUCGGGUGCCACGAGCAGACCCGUGCUAUUUUCUCCCAGGCUGGAGAGUCUCCCUCUGUUUAACAUGCAACGUUGUCUUCUGCUGAGCCACUGAAUCCCUGCUUAGUAGCCAGCUGAUGACUGGUUAGAGCUUUCCUUGAACUCCAUGCCUGGAACCAGUUAGGGCUGCCAGGGGCUCAGCUGUGCUCAGAUGGAUGGGACAGAGAUCCGACAACGGAGGCUGGAAGGCUAUGGUAGGCCAGAGGAACUGGGGCUGCCACACACCCUCAGCACAGGGUCACCCCCUACAGCCUCAGAAGAUGGACUUCUGAAGGUCUCUGAGAGCCCACGGGUGGCCCCCAAAGCACUGGAGACUGAGCCCAGCAGGGAGACCGCCUUGUCCAUUGGCCUUCAGGUGGCAGUGCCCUUCUUGUUUGCAGGCCUGGGGCUGUCCUGGGCUGGCAUGCUUUUGAACUAUUUCCAGCACUGGCCUGUGUUCAUGGAGGUCAAAGAGCUUUUGACGCUGGUGCCACCCCUGGUGGGCCUGAAGGGGAACCUGGAGAUGACGCUGGCGUCUCGACUCUCCACAGCUGCCAACACUGGACAAAUCGAUGACCCCCAGGAGCAACACAGAGUCAUCAGCAGCAACCUCGCCCUCAUUCAGGUGCAGGCUACUGUCAUGGGGCUCCUGGCUGCCAUUGUCGCUCUGCUGCUGGGUGCUGUGUCUAGGGAAGAAUCAGACUUGGCCAAGGUGCAGCUGCUGUGUGCCAGCAGUGUAGUCACCGCCUUCCUCGCGGCCUUCGCCCUAGGAGUGCUGAUGGUCUGUAUAGUGAUUGGUGCUCGAAAGCUCGGGGUCAACCCAGACAACAUCGCCACACCCAUUGCAGCCAGCCUGGGAGACCUCAUUACACUGUCCAUCCUGGCUCUAGUUAGCAGCUUCUUCUAUAGACACAAAGACAGUUGGUAUCUGAUGCCACUGGUCUGCAUCGGCUUCAUAGCACUGACCCCUCUGUGGGUCCUCAUUGCCAAGCACAGCCCACCUGUCGUGAAGAUCCUGAAGUUCGGGUGGUUCCCAAUCAUCCUUGCGAUGGUCAUCAGCAGUUUUGGAGGGCUCAUCUUGAGCAAAACCAUUUCUAAACAGCAGUACAAAGGCAUGGCCAUAUUCUCUCCCGUCAUCUGUGGUAUUGGUGGCAAUCUGGUGGCCAUUCAGACCAGCCGCAUCUCCACCUACCUGCACAUUUGGAGCAUGCCUGGGGUCCUACCCCUCUGGAUGAAAAAAUUCUGGCCUAACCCAUGUUCCAUUUUCUGCACCUCAGAAAUCAAUUCCAUCUCAGCCCGAGUCCUGCUCUUUCUGGUGGUCCCAGGUCAUCUGACUUUUUUCUAUGUCAUCCACCUGGUGGAAGGUCAGUCAGUCACAGACAGCAAGACCUUCGUGGUGCUCUAUCUGCUCGCAGGCCUGAUCCAGGUGACAAUCCUACUGUACCUGGCAGAAGUGAUGGUUCGGCUGACUUGGCACCAGGCUCUGGAUCCUGACAACCACUGCAUCCCCUACCUCACAGGGCUGGGGGACCUGCUAGGGACUGGCCUUCUGGCACUCUGCUUCCUCAUGGACUGGUUACUGAGGAGCAAAGCAGAGCUGGAUGGUGUCUCAGAACUAGUGACUGGACCUCCCUGACUGGGCCUGGCCAGCUCCAGUUGCUCAAUAGAAUUUUCCCUCAUGCCAGAGGGGCACAGAACAGUUUCUGCCUUGCUGGGUUGCCUUCCUUGGGUUGGUUGAUACCUGCCUCUGCAGUGGCCUUCUGUACAUCUGCUAAGGAGACUGGCACACAUCUCAAUUCCGGAUUUGGUUUCUGAGCCAGUGAUGGAGCCCUGAAGUCAGGAGUGUGGCUUGUAUGUGUGCCUGGGCAUGAAUGUGUGUCUGUGUGCCAGGCCAGCAUGCCUUGCAGGGUGUGUUUGCUCUGGUUCGUGCCAUGCAGCCUGGAUUGGGGUGAAGCAAGAAGGAGGUCCUUUCUGUCCCCAAGCCUUGGGACUCUCAAGCUGUGGCUUAACUGCUGUCUUCACAAGGUCCCAGCCUUGUCGACCACUUUGGUGGUGCACCCUGUGAGUGUGUGCAGCCCUCCCAGGAUGGGGCCUUGCCCACCCCUCAUCUGUUCCCAGCAUUUAAUGUUGUCAUUGCUUUUUCUUUUUCUUUUUCAUUAUUAGCAAAAAACCUCUGUUUAGAUUUCAAUGAUCAGAGAGGUAUAAAAUAAAACAUAGGUUAUAUUGCA